UUCUAUUGCAGUGCAGAUAAAGAUAGAUUUGCAGUCGACGCAGCCAAGUAGCUCUCAACUUUUGUUUGCUUAAUAAUAAACAAACGCAGGAGGGAAGUUAGGCCAACGGUUAGCUUCCUUCCCUCCAAACCUUCUGAUUCUCUUUGAAUCAAAGCAAAGCCCUUUAGCAGUUGGAUUUUCGGUCACCAUCUGAAGACCCAACUUCACCUUCCUGACAUGCUCUUCACACCCAUCUGCUGGCUGCUCCUGUUACUCAAUACCCCCUUUUAUAGACUUCAGUUUCUUUCAUUCUGUUCAUGUUGAGGUCCAUCCUUUGAUACCCAACAAAGCUUUUGACCUCUUCUGCAUGUUUUGUGCUUUUGGGGUGAGAGAUUGAGGUCUUGAAAGUGUUUGGGUUUGUGGGUUUUUGAAAAUUUUGAUGGAAAGGUGAUUAAUUUUCUGGGGUAUUCAAUUUGAGGUAAUAUAUCCAAGGAAGCCAUAAGAAGUUUGUGCCUAAGUGAGUUUUGUCAGCAUAAAGCUGUAAGCUUUAUUUGGAUUGGGAUAUUUAGAGUUGGUUUUAGAGGAAAGAGAUUUUCUUAGUUUCUGAUCACCUGGGGUUUUGAGCUGCAGAUGUUAGUUCCAAGCUGAAGCCUGAAGCUUUAAGGCCUUGGAGAUACAAGCUUCUAGAUCCACUGCUUUUGGAUGCUCAACCCAAAUGGUAUUUUUCACCUUUUGCUUCAUUGAACUCUCAUGCAUGACAAUUACUGAAGAAAACAUGGAAGUUGCAUGAAUAUCCUAAUACAACGCUUCCUUCCACAAAGCCAACUGCAAGCCACAUAUUUGUGAAAAUUCCCAGCACAACUUUUAUGAUACAAGUCUCAUAUAUUUCAUGUUAGUCUCCAAAUUUCAGUUCACACCAUAUAUCACUUUUCUAAAUCCAUAUAUAUAGCGGCCAGUAGAAUCAUUCUCGAUGAAUACCCGUUACCUUUUUCCAUCAGAGCCCAUGUGUAACUCUGCUGGCAGUGCGGUUUCAUUUUCAUCAACUUCUCCAGGAGAUGAUCGGACGGCUGUUAGUGUAAUCAGGACCAGGUCCUCUAGAGCUCCCCCUUCUUCAUUCUUAAUGAGAAUGGCUAUGAGAAUAUCAAGAGCAAGGUGGUUCAUCUUCUUAAGAAGAGUAUUCCACUACCAAAAUGGUUCAAGGUCUGAUCUUGGGUCAAACCCUUUCAAUUCCAGCACUUGGAUGAUGCUGGAAUUUAUUGCUUUGGUUGUUCAAAUAAGUAUCACCACAAUUACUUUGGCUGUUUCAAAGAAGGAGAGGCCGGUUUGGCCUAUGAGAAUUUGGAUUGUUGGGUAUGAUAUUGGCUGUGUUCUCAAUUUGCUGGUGCUCUUCGGGCGUUACAGGCUACUUUAUUUGUCUCAAGGGGAUGGUUUCAACCUCUCUGACAUGGAACAGCAGAGAAGCACUGAAGAAUCCAGGACCACACAUUUGAUGAACAGGUGUAGGACCUCACUGGAGCUAUUCUUUGCAAUAUGGUUUGUAAUGGGUAAUGUUUGGGUCUUCGAUUCUCGCUUUAGUUCGUUUCCUGGAGCUCCAAAACUCCAUGUGCUCUGCAUCUCUCUGCUUGCUUGGAAUGCCAUCAGCUACUCUUUUCCCUUCCUGCUGUUUGUGCUGCUAUGCUGCUGUGUUCCCCUAAUGAGCAGCCUGCUUGGAUACAACAUGAACAUGGGGUCCAUUGAUAAAGCAGCAUCUGAUGACCAAAUUUCUCAGCUUCCCAGCUGGAGAUAUAAAGAAGUUAACACCAAAGUAGAGCUCGGAAAUGAUUGUGAUUCAGGAUGCCUUGCAAAUGAAGAUCCAGAUUGCUGUAUUUGCCUGGCUAAAUAUAAAGACACGGAAGAAGUAAGGCAGUUGCCAUGUUCGCAUAUGUUUCACCUCAAGUGCGUUGAUCAGUGGCUCAGGAUCAUAUCUUGUUGUCCUCUUUGCAAGCAAGAACUGCAGAGAUAGGAAACAAGACAUCAAAUUGACCGAGCUUUGUUUUUUUCUUUUUGGUUUUCUUAUACUUUUGGUGUGAUUUUUACAUGGUUACUCGAGCGAGUUUAUUGCUUGUACAGUGGAGCUCACCAGUAACCAAACUAUACCUAAGUUUAUAAUCUUUGAAUAUACAAACAGCGAGAGAAUCGUCGGUAUCUUUGA